CCCCAGUCCGACAGCUCGAUACAAGAUGGCGGCCGGCCAGUUGGCCGUCAGCCUCGACGGUUUGAGGGCCAUCGCCGAUGCCACCUUUCGAUUAACCUUUAGCUUCACCAAAAGCGACAGCAAGUUGAAUUCAGAGAUCCGGGCCGUUGCCAACGAGAUACAAGACAUCGCGGGCUUGUUGCACCAACUUUCUCUAUUAGCGUCAGGACUUGAAGAGAAUGAGGACCAAAUUUCAAACGUCAACGCUGCCCCGCCCCCACUGAUCUCAUGUCACCGCAGUUUAGAACAACUAGGGGGUUCGCUAAGGAGACGAACAAAUAGAUCGAACGACGAUGGAUGCGAACAGAAAAGGUGCGCCGAUGUCAAGUGGCCGUUUACGAGGGCCUGGACAACAGAUCUCUUGGAUGAGCUGAGCGAGCACAAGAAGACAAUUUCAGAAGGAUUGAAUGCAAAAUCAAUCGAAGAUCUGCUACAAGUACUAUCAAAAGGGAAGUCUGUGGCGACCAUACGUGACGAAGACUGGGUAUCCGAAGCUUUUACCGACUUUCUCCAAUCCUCUGGCUAUUUCCAAGGCAUCUACAUGGUUCUUAAUACCUUUCUACGCGUUCGAGAAGAGUCAUACAUCAUGAUACAAGAUCGAUACAAAAAUUUGUCAACACAGUCGAGAUUUUUCCAAGAAGAAGAAUUCGAAAAUUGGCUUGGUAAGGGAGGAUCACACUUUCUGUUCACAGCUCCUCUGGGCGGGGGGAGAACCGCCUUCACCGGCGCACUAGCACGGGAAACCUUUCGGCGACGCCGUGCACGAACUGUUGUUGUACCAAUCUACUCUGAGCUUCUAGGUACAUGUAGAUGGGCCUCGGACACCGGCCUGCUUGGCACCAUCGUUGCUCAGAUCGCGCGCCAGAAUCAGGGAGCGUUCAAAGUCCUACGCCGAUAUUGUCGGGAUCUGAGUGGCAAACCGAGAUGGGCAACAAACGGAGCGACCAUGGCAGGACUGGAAGUGGUCCUUUGGCAAAUGUCGACUUUCUUUGAACAUGUCUUGGUCAUUGUAGACUGCUCAAGGGCUAGAAAACCUGACACCAUGCCGACAAUUGCCUCUUUGAUCAAGACUUCCAAACAAUCCGCUCCAAACUUCAGUCUGGCAGUGGUUUAUCAAGACCUCGAGACUAUUCGAGAGCCUUUGGGUGACCUCGUCACUCAUUGGGACAUCACACCAUCAGUGGCCACCUUGCAGGCUUUCGCUGCCACCGAGGUAGAAAGGCGAGUCAGAACCGGGGCUCUGCGGUUCGAACGGGGAGCCAUGAAGGAUGCUGCGAUCCGCAAACUCAGCGUCGGUGGCGAUCACAUGUAA